AACGCUGUUAAAGGGACAGUAACUCCAGGCUCCAGGUUAGCCUGAGUCUUGUUUGGGGGUAAAAGCUAGGUCUUUGCAAUCCAAACUUUCUCCUCCCCUGCAGCCGCGCGCGCGUGGGCGCCAGUCUGCUGUCAGGAAUUCAGGUUAGCAGCGUCUUCUCCCUGGCUGGAGCCACUCAGGAGAGGACAGCACUUCUGGAACACGGGCUAACUCAGGGGGGAAGUCAGUGGUGUCUCUGGUAUCUGGGAAAGCCAUGCUCAAGAGCCCCUCAGUGCUGGUGGUGCUGAGUCAGCUGGGAAGGAGAUCGGUGGUGAAGCUGGCCAGGCCCUUGCACCAGACGGUCAAAAUGUCCAAGCAGGUUCAGGCUCGAAGGCUGGAAGGCAUUGACAAGAACCCUUGGGUGGAGUUUGUGCAGUUGGCCAACGAAAGCAAGGCUGUGAACUUGGGCCAGGGCUUCCCUGAUUUUGCACCGCCAGAAUUCUCCGUGGAAGCAUUCAAACAGGCUGUCAGCGGAGACAUCAUGCUCCAUCAGUACACUCGCGGUUUUGGUCACCCUCCCCUGGUCAAGAUCCUGGCUCAGUUCUUUGGGAAACUGCUGGAACAAGACUUGGAUCCCCUAAAGAAUGUGCUCGUGACAGUGGGUGCCUAUGGGGCCCUCUUUUCUGCUUUUCAGGCUCUGGUGGAUGAGGGAGAUGAGGUCAUUCUCAUUGAACCCUAUUUUGACUGCUAUGAGCCCAUGACAAAGAUGGCUGGUGGCCGUCCUGUGUUUGUGCCACUACGACCGCCAACAGCCCAUGAUGGCCACUUGAUGUCCAGUGGUGACUGGCAGUUAGAUCCAGCUGAGCUGGCCAGCAAGUUCACUCCCCGGACCAAAGCCAUAGUCAUCAAUUCACCGAACAACCCUUUGGGCAAGGUGUUCAACAGAGCAGAAUUGGAAUUAAUAGCAGAUCUGUGCAAAAAACACGAUGUCCUGUGUUUCAGUGAUGAGGUUUACCAGUGGCUGGUGUAUGAUGAAGAGAAACACAUCAGCAUAGCCAGUCUUCCAGGAAUGUGGGAACGCACCCUGACUAUUGGCAGUGCAGGAAAAUCUUUCAGUGUCACUGGUUGGAAGGUGGGCUGGGUCCUGGGCCCAGAUCAUCUUCUGAAGCAUCUUCGGACUGUCCAACAGAAUUCCGUGUAUCACUGCCCCACACAGGCCCAGGAAGCUGUAUCUUCCAGUUUUGAGCGGGAGCUUCGGCUCUUUGGUCAGCCCGAGAGCCACUUUGCCCAGAUGCAUAAGGCUAUUCAGAAAAAGCGGGAUCACAUGAUAAACAGCUUGCAGACCAUUGGCUUGAGGCCCAUCGUCCCUCAGGGCACCUACUUCCUCAUGCUGGACAUCUCCACCUUCAAGAAAAAGAUGCCCCACCUCCCUGGCUCAGAGGGGGAGGCCUAUGACUCUCGAUUUGUCAAGUGGAUGAUCAAGAACAAGGGCUUGGUGGCCAUUCCAGUCUCCGUGUUCUACGGCCCAGAGCAGAAGAAGCAUUUUGACCACUACAUCCGGUUCUGUUUUAUAAAGAAUGACUCCACUCUCCAGGCCAUGGAUGAGAAGCUGCAGCAGUGGAAAAAAGAGCUAGAACCCUGAUUUCUGCACCGAAGUCUCUCCCAUUCCUCCACCGGCUCACUUUACUUAAUCAGAUCCUUCCCCCUCUGUCCAUCCAUCCUUUGUGCAUCAGGCAUUCCCAGCUUUGGGGGAGGGAGGAGGGAAGCUCCUUAACUAGGGCCUAAGUCAGAGGAGAAAGGGAUGAAAAAAAAGCAUAGCCACCCCAGGUCUUCCUCCAUUCCCUCACCUAUCCAGCACCCACAUUCCCAUCCCUUCAAGAGGAAGCAUUCAGCUUGGUUAGUUAGCAUCAGUGUGUUUUCUCCCUGGCUGGGCUCUCCCUAGAACGUCUGUCCCUCCCUCCUUUAUCACUUCCUCUUCUCCCUGUUGAGUCAUAAAGUGGGAUUUCCCUCCUCACUCUGAACACCUGAAUCAGCCACCCUAACUGAAGCAUGGAUGCCAGCCAGGCCAGAAGUCACCUGAGGACUGCUUGACACCUGACAUCUUGCUUUCAUCCCUCCAUGGUCCCAUGUUGCUAUAACUUAUAUUGGUUUUGCUUCUUCUUUCACUUUCAAGAGGCUAGGUCAACGGUUCAGCUGCCUUGCACAGCCAGCCGGUCCUUGGGAGGAAGCCUUUAGAUCUAAAUCAAGGGCGUUUACCUCAAGCCAAGAGCCAUAUUUUGCCCUUAAUAAAGUUUAUUGCACCCU